AUGGGGACUUCUCUUCCAACUGAAAAACCUACCAUGGAAUCAGAUGGCUGGAGAACUCAAUUGACACCUGAUAAGCGCGAAAAAGUUGUCAACAAGAUAAUGGAAAUACUAAUGAAGCACCUUCUAUUUUCUGGACCAGCAGGAAUAAACGAGCUCAGACGCAUUGCUCCAAGAUUCGAGGAUAAAAUGUUUAGCAGUGCUGAUAGCCCCGUAAUUUACCGCUCUCUCAACAUAUAUUUUGUGACUGAUUACCUUCAGAAAGUUGCCACGAAGAUGUGGACUGUGGAGGCCAAGGCUCAAACUACAGAUGGUUCUUUGACAUCUCUCCCUCCUGCUAAUAACACCAUGCUGGGAUCGGAUUUCACCCCUACGAGAUCGAUAUGGCGACGCGUCUUGACGAAAUCAAAACAAGUCUACAAAGGCCCAAACGUUACGGACUAA